AAAGCCACGUUGUCACGGGGUACCUGUUACUAUUCUCAUCGCUGCUCUAAAUAAGCCAGUCACUACUGCUUGAGAUUACUGUGUAAGGUUAUAUAGACUGACAGAACGGAAUUCCUUUCAGAUGGCAGGUAACAUUAUUUGUAAUGAAUAGAUUUAAACCAUAACUCUAAUGUGAUCAUAUCUAUACUGACGCAAAAAUUCUAAUCAAUGGGGGAUUCGGCUUUCUUGACCCUCCAUAUAACCCCCCUGCACAAUAAACUUCGUGUCCCAUAAGAAACAGUGUAGUAACACUGACCGCCCAAAGGGCUCAACCCACUGAUGAGAGCGCGAGCGCUGGUUCUUCAUCAGAGCGCACACAUACGGCUUCUGAGACGAUGGAUUACAAACUCUGAAUUAAGUUGCUAAUUACAAGUGAUCUUUUCAUACCUGCUGGUCAUUUCGAACGUCAUAUUCUGACGCCCUCAUUUUUUCUUUUCUUAAAAAUAUAGUCUAACAAUAUCUUUACAUUGAUAUAAGCGCAAUGAUUUUGUGCGUUUACCAUUAACGGCGCAAUAUAGAUUUCAAGUUUGUAACUUAUUUAUUGCUAAAAACGCCUUUGAAAACAAUGGACUUAAUAUACUGUAAAGUUCUACUUAUGACUCUCCUGACCGUUCAGGUUCGUAGUGACAUAGUGUCACCGUCAAAACAUCCAGGCCUGCAGGUGCUGGCCACAGCUUCACAUUACUGGCCUCUGGAUUCAGUGGAAGGGAUCCACGGCCUUUCAGACCAGAUUGGGAACAGAACAGGUCAUGUUAAUGGGACUAAUAUAACUGUCAGAAUCCACAACCACACUGUCCUGACUACACAUAAUUCUUCCUCUGUGUAUACCAAUGACUCUGCCUACACUAACAUUUCCGCCACUGUAGACAUUGUAGAAGGAAUGGUGAAUAAGGGCAUCUAUCUGAAUGGUGAUAAUGGGGCCACUUUCCUUCACUUUGGCAACUAUAAAGACUCCUGCAUAAGUGAUCCUACUUUGUGUGGACCUGCCGGGAUAACUUUCUCCUUCUUCUGGAAAAACAAUGAGAUAGAUUCUCGUUUUGCGAUUGCAUCCGGAGGUAAAGUCAUCUCAAGCGGUUUCUCUGUCUACUCUAACCCUCAUGGCGGAUACGUGGAGUUCUACACGAGAGGAGACUCCAAGACAUGGAAAGCACAUAUUAAACUUCCAGGGCCCUACUGGACACACGUGCUCUUCACAUGGACCCAAAGGGAGGGGUUAAAAGUCUACAUUAAUGGGACAUUCAGCGUCGGAGACCCCACAGGAAAUAUUUCUCAGAAUUAUGGCGAUCCCUAUGCCGACCUGGUCAUUGGCACAGGAAACACAGGGAAUUACAACCACUAUGCCACAGGGGCCUUCGAUGAGUUUGUGAUUUGGGAGAGGGCCUUGUCCCCUCAGGAUAUCAUGAAGUACUACAAAGCAGCCAUUGGUGAUAAUGUGAUGUCCACCUUCCCAACCGAAGCAUCCAUCAAUGUCACUGCUGCAACAGAUACUCAGUUAAAGAGAACCACAGAGAUCCCCCGACCUGCCUCCACAUACCUGACAGAGGCAGUUCAGAGACCUCAGGACCCCAUGCGGUUACAAACGCUCGACCUCCUUCAGUCUCUAUUGUUUAACCUUCCAAGCAACACUAUACCUCAGGAAACAGCCAACAAUCUUACACAGUCUCUACUGAAAAGUGUGGAUGAGGUCAUAACUGCCAGUGACUGGAGAGAUAAUGAUGAGUGGAGUCCAGUGGUCAGUGGCCUGGUGGAGACCGUGGAUAAAGUGAUGGUGCAUAUGGUCUCCAAGCUUCAGUCCAGCUCUGACACAAUGGCUCCUUUGGCCAUAGGGGGCAAGAGCUCUGUAGCAGAUUACUCUCUGAUGAAGAUCCCUCAGAACUACAAUCUGCAAAGCUACAGGUUCCCCACACAAGGGAAGAGUUACAUUUCAGUACCAGGAGAGGCCCUCACAAUGCAGUGUGAGUAUGCACAUGUCUCAAAGCCCAAAACCCUAAAAACUGGUGUUGAUCCAUGUCCUGAUCCUGCAGCUUUACAAAAAAAAAUCAGCCCUCUACAAACAAGGAUAAAUGAGGCAGUGGAUUUUAAAGAUCAUAAGAUCCAGAUGGCCAGUCAUCUUAUUUCUCUGAAGGUGGAACCCUCUCCUGCCCUGUCACACAACCUGUCCACUGAGCCGCUCAUCCGGAUCGUCCUCACGCAUCAGCUGAGUAAAGAACAGCAGCUCCAGGCCUUAAACCAAAGUAAUAAAGUGUUCCUGUACUGCGCCUUCCUGGACUACAGCUCCAAAGAGGGUGUGUGGUCCAACGAGGGGUGUGUGAGAGCUGAUGGAAACCUGUCCUUCUCUAUUUGCUUGUGUAACCAUCUGACAAACUUCGCCAUCCUUAUGCAAGUGGUUCCCAUGGAGCUCUCAAAGGCCCACCAAGUGGCGCUGUCCACCAUUAGCUACAUCGGCUGCUCUGUCUCUAUU